AGGCCCCUUGUCCCGCUCCGUUCACUGUGCAGCCUAUACUCCCGGCUUCUGCUAUGCGGAGCUACAAGGAAGUAGAAGACUAUUUUCAUAUUCAAGUGUCAGAUGACAAGCAGGGGAGAAGGUUUUUAGAGCUUCUAUAUGCAGGAGGGGUGCUAAGAGAUGAGUGGGUCCUAACAGACGCUGGGAUUACACUGUGUUGCACUAUUAAGUGCAUUGUGAAGGAGGAAGAUAAACCAGCUCUGUAUGUAUACAAUGCUGUCACCAAAGAAAGGGUCCCAAUAAAGGGGAACAUUCACCUUCUUGGUGCAACAGUCUCAAAGCUAAAGUCUCUGUUGUCUCUGAAAUGUGGAUUUCCUGUCAGUGUUUUCUGCCUGAGGACAUUACAAGGAAAAGAAAUGUAUGACUGUAACACCCUGGGAGACUACAAUCUGGAUCUAGGUAGCACAGUGAGAAUGGACGUCUGGGACGGCUGGAAAGAACUUCUUAGUGCAUGUGUACUUGGACACAAACAAAAUGUCCAGCGUUACUUAUCAAAGAAUGAAACUAUUCUCAGGUUCCAGCUGCGAGUAGCACUUUACAUAGCGGCACAUUUUGGCCAUCUGGAACUUGCAGAAUGGCUGCAGGCCAAAGGUGUCAGAGCAGAUGAGGCAGUCGGUGUUCAUCCAUAUAGAGAAUGGUGCCGCGAAACUGACCAUCCUGAUAUUGGAAAUUGUGCAGUCCAUGCUGCUGCUGAAAAAGGUCAACUUCUUCUGAUAAAAUCAUUUAUUGCACGAAAUGUUCUGUGCUUGGAGUGUCAAAACACGCUGGGCCAGACACCACAUAAGAUAUGCAUCCUGAACGGACAUAAGGACUGCCUUCUGUAUUUGACAAUGAAAAUGUGGUCAGUCGUCUCCUUACCAAAAGUCUCUCUUUCUAUGAAAAUCUACAUCAAAGUUAAAAAAUGGCUAUACACAGCCCAGAAAAGAGUCUACAAAGUCAAAAAAUGGGUGCCACAAUUUAAAACCCGUGUUGGGGACCCAGUUGUAGUUGAUGGUUUUACAGAACCCAAGAUGACCAGUAGAGAUUUACAUGUAUUUUAUCAGGACAAAUGGAGAAGGGUUUUGAGUUCACGAGCACACAGCAGUGAUGCAAUUGUUAAUGCAGUUUUAAAAUUGCAUCCUAUGACAUUGAGGGAGCAGACAAUAAAAUCAUCCAGAUUUCCUUCACUUAAACAAAUAGAAGAAAAUCCUGUCAAGAAGAAAUCCCAACCUGUGUUGGACUCACAAGAUAUUAAUGACAUAUUUACAAACAGCUGGAAUCCCAGUAUCCCACUUCCACCUAUCACGAACACCAGCAACAGCCGCCCACGCCAUUUAAGAACUCCCUUGGCUGCUUUUCUUCUGAAUUCAUCCCUAGAGUCCUUCUCAAAGUACAGUGGUCGGACACCACGACAGAAUGCGGUUUAUUUCCUAAGCCUUGCAAGUGAGUUUAAAGAAAAACCUUGGCUCCGGCAGCUAGACAUGGCCAGGAUGCUAGCCAGAAAAUCAGUGCACAACUUGUAAGGAUUGGCAAGACCAUGUACAGAGGAUAGCAAUGCUGACAUAUAUAAAAGGGGUUAUCCGGCAGCACAAAAUAAAAAAGCAGACUGGGUUAAGAAAAAGAACUAAAAAAGACAGUACUCUUCUCACCAAUUCCUGACUACUGCAAUUCCCGGAUCCCUGCUGAUCUCCACUUCUUGGUCCCCACCCUGACACACAGGAAAUGCCUGCUCAUCCAAUCACUUUAUCGUACUAUAAAAACGAAAAGUUAAAUAGGACUCAUUUGCCUGCUCUGGACAUAAGGUUAAUGUGUACUUCCAAAGUUUCAGGGCCUCGUGAUGGCUGCUUCGACAAGCUGUACCACCCAUUGGGGCCUGUGUCUCACCACACUGAAACUGAAGAUUAUGUUGACCAGAAACAUUAGAGAUACACUUUAAAGCAGACCUGUCAGCAACAAAACACAGGUGUAAAUAAGCGCAUGGCUCAAUAGGGCUGGUUAUCAUGAUUCUAUGCAUACCUUUUCUUUUUCAAUAGUCCCUGAAAGAUAAACGUUUUU